CAGGUUUACGAUAGUGGAUAUAGGAUCUAAUCUCUGAUCGUCUCCGCAGAAGGUGGCGGUAAUGCACCUAAAUACGCUGGUAGUCGACCGCUUUUAAAACCACAAAAGAAGAAGAAGAAGCAACAAGCAAAGAUGGCGGCGCUUCCGAUAUGGUUGUUUUUGUGAACUUUUGUACUUUGUUCCUUGCUGCAACUACAUUCCUUUUCAAUUUGUCUUCAAGUUGACACAUCGCUGUUGAUCAGCACAGGAGCGCUGCAUAUCUGAGCGGGUCGUUGUGACACUGCGUCGUGGUGUCCGUUAAAUUAACCGAUAUCUCUGACGUCCGUUAACUGUCAGCGGUGACGGAAAUAAGAAGACGGUGACAGACGGGCUCAGAAACUGGAAUAACGAUAUAUUAGCAGCUCCGACAUGAAGCAAAAUCUGACCCUGGUUCAGAGGCUGAACGCACACCCGGACUCCCGGUGCUGGUUCGUCAGCUGGAGCCCAACCGGGACGCUGCUGGCCUCAUGUGGGGGCGACAAGGCCAUCCGGAUAUGGGGACGAGAAGGUGACUCUUGGAUAUGUAAGAGUGUGCUCCAGGACGGACACCAGCGCACCGUGAGGAGAGUGGCUUGGUCUCCCUGUGGGAACUAUCUGGCCUCUGCCAGCUUCGAUGCAACCACCUGUAUCUGGAAAAAGAAGAACGACGAGUUUGAGAGUUUGACCGUGUUAGAGGGACAUGAAAAUGAGGUCAAGUCUGUGGCGUGGGCGCCUUCGGGGAAUCUGCUGGCAACAUGUAGCCGAGACAAGAGCGUCUGGGUCUGGGAAGUGGAUGAAGAAGAUGAGUACGAGUGUGUUACCGUUGUGAACUCUCACACACAAGAUGUCAAGAAUAUUGUGUGGCACCCGACACAGGAGCUCCUCGCUUCAGCCAGCUACGACAACACCGUUUGCAUUUACAAGGAAGAGGACGAUGACUGGGAGUGCCGGGCCACCUUGCAGGGACACACAUCCACAGUCUGGAGUUUGGCUUUUGACGCCACUGGACAGAGGCUGGCCUCCUGCAGCGACGACCGCACCGUGAAGAUUUGGAAAGAGUCUCCUCUUGAAAGUGGAGACUUGUCGUGGAAGUGUGUUUGCACUCUGUCUGGGUAUCAUGGACGAACAGUGUAUGAUGUCGCCUGGUGUCGGCUGACUGGCGCUCUGGCUACUGCCUGUGGUGACGAUGCGGUGCGAGUGUUCAAGGAGGAUGAGACGGCCGAUCCGAACCAGCCCGUGUUCUCGCUGGCUGCUCAGGCGACCAAAGCUCACAGCCAGGAUGUCAACUGUGUUGCCUGGAACCCGAAGGAGGCGGGACUCCUGGCUUCUUGCAGCGACGAUGGAGAGAUCACCAUCUGGAGGUUCCAAGAGGAAGACUGAACACAACCGGCCUCCCACUGAACAAGACGUUGUAGCGAGCAACACUGGGGACUGUGCGGUCCAGAGGUCAACGCAGAAAUAUUGUUCAUUCAGCUUUUCUAGAUUGCUCGGCAGGAUUCAGCUUGAUAUAACGGUGUAUGUCUAAACUGAAUGCUUCACUUCUUUUGCUCUGUACGUCUACAUGUUUCUUUUUAAGAGCUCACUUAAGAAUUUGACAUUUAUAUAAACAAAACAAAUAAAA